GGGGUAAAAGAGCUCGUUAACGGAUGACAGAAAAAGGGAGAGAGGGAGAAAAGCACUAUCCUUCUAUCAGAUAGGUACAGUGGGACUGCAGUCAAGGUGACUUUAACUGCCUUAAGACGCCGAUACACAAAGGACAAAAAAACGCCUGAAGAAACUUCAGAAGUUUGAAUGGGAAUACAGACUCUUUACAGAAGUUUGUUCUGUCUCUGACGUUCAUUUUUUUUUUAGGCAUUUUCUUUCUUUUAAAUUCUUAUCGUCUUUGAAAUUGGUCACUAUGUCUGGAGCCACCAGUGACCAGCUGCAUAGAUCAACUUUAUCUGUGUAUUUGAAUCUGAUGGAGCAUUUCAAUCCUGGUCUCCAGAAGCUUGUUGCUUUAGGAAACAGCUAUGUCAAAGCUUUUCAAGCCUUAGCUGUUUGCAGUGAGGCCUACUUCAGCGCUGUGGCUAAGAUGGGCGACCAGGCCCUUCACACGCUUUCAUCUCGCUCUCUUGGGGAUGUUCUGAUCCAAAUAUCAGAAACACAGAGAAGACUCACCGCAGAAAUGGAAGGAGUGUUUCGAUGGUUCCAGGUAGAGGUGUUGCAAGCAAUGGAGAAGAAUGUUAAGUUGGAUGAGGAGUACAUUGAGGGUAGUCGCAGAGUGUAUGAGCUGGAGGUGAGGAACCAGGCAGAGGCUUUGGAGAAACAGCUCAGACGAGGAGCCUACAGGGACUCUCUGGAGAAUAGUGAGUACAUGCUGUACCUGAGGCAGAGCCAGCAGGAGAUCCAGAAGGAGGAGGAGAGGAGGUAUCGCUUCUUGGCUGAGAAACACUGUGGCCUCACUCAGUCACUGCUCUUCCUUAUAAACAAGACCGGUGCUUCUCUCCAGCAGAAGGCAGAUGGAUGGAAGGAGAAGGUGAACGAGACCAGAGGGUCCAGACCUCGAACUCCCACCCAUUUGGAUCAAGAUGCGCAGUUGAGAGGUUCAGUGAGCUCCCUGCUGCAAACAGUAGCCAGAGAUGAAGACAUGUCCUGGGCCAGGAGGGAGCAGCAGGCGCUGGGCAGAGUGCCCUCUAGAGCGCCGUCCCCCCUGCCCAGCCGCUCUCGCUCUAGCUCAGUUGGGGAAUCUCUGGGUCUUGGUGGAGGGAAAGCCAUGAGAGCCCUGGUAUCUCAUCCCUCCUCAUCCAACCCAAAGCUUCUGCCUUUCAACAGGGGAGAGACUGUCACCGUACUCGUCCAAGAGCCACGCAACGGCUGGCUGUAUGGGCGCACUGACAGCAGCCUGCGUCAGGGCUGGUUCCCUGCUGCUUAUGUGGCCCCUGUUGAAGAUUUCUCCAACACUUUAGCAACAAGUGGUGGUUCUGUAAGAAGCCACAGUAUGAACAAUCUGCUGGACCCUACUGACACCUACACUGACCAGUCAGAGAGCAAGAACUACGGUGAUGUCCCGCCGCCAGCCACACCCAACCGCAGAGCCUCUGUAGACUUCCGGCCGAUCUCUCCUCUCCCUGAGAAGAAGCUGGAGUCGGCCUUGGAGACAAAGCAAAGUCAAACGAAGAGCUACAACGAACACCCACCUCCACCUCCUCCCCCACCGCCUCCUCCUCUCUCAAGUCAGAACCUUCGAAGGGGCUCCGUAGAUUUUCGACCAAUCUCUCCCCUCCCCGAGAGGAAGGGUGAAUCAGCAUCUGAUGUCCAGGCAUUAUCGCCCCACGGGCCGCCUGAAAACCCGCUGUUUCCCAGAGGCACAAACCCAUUCGCCACUGUAAAGCUUCGCCCCACGACGACCAAUGACAGAUCCGCUCCACAGAUCCACUGAGCCGUCAGCACUCUUGCAGGCUGGGUUUGUAACCGAGGCUGGCAGAUCAGGUUGUGGGGGCAGGAUGCACAAUUUUUUUGUUUCAGGAGAAUGUAAUGGCAUCUCUGAAGUGUGAAGGCCUUGAGCCAGAGAGGCAGAGGAAGGUUUGGUGAUUUUUUUUUUGUACAGUGUUAGAUAAGAUGAGGUUUUUCUUGUACCAAAAGCAAAAGUUAUACAUCUUAGUAGUUUAAUAUCAAACAACCGUACAAUUUUGAAGUUGUUGUUUUAUCAACUCUGUGUACAGUACUUAUGUUUUUAUGUAGAUAGAUCUGUUUGUCUGUUACAGUAAAAAUGUUCUUGACAAUUUUGGAAAUAUGCUUACCCGCUAGCUCAGAGUUAAAACAUCGAUAUCACUCAUAUAUCUGCCUGCUAAAUAUAAAACCACAGCCAGCAGCUGGGUAGCUAAACAUUAAGAGUGUAAACUGGAGGAAACGGCUAAAAAUCAGCCUACCAGCAUAUUUUGUGUUUAUACUUGUGGAUAGUUAUCCAACGCUAAGCUGAGCUACCUGGCUGCUGGCUCGAGCAACAUAUUUAGCAACAGACAUGAGAGUGGUAUUGAUCUUGUCAUCUGAAUCUGUGCAAGAAAAGCAAUUAACUGUAUUUCCCAAAAUGUUAAUCUUUUCCUUGAACUAGUUUUUUUUCUGAAACUUUAAUUUGUCUCGCUCUCAUGCUAUGUAUUUCAAAGCAAAUGUAAAUUGCAAAUGUGUCCGAAUCAGAAUAUUUUGUUCAUGUGAUCAGUGUUGUGCUGUACAUUGAAUGUGCUCACAUUUUGGUGAACAGAAUGCAUCAUUUUGCAACUUAUGAACUUGAGUGUGAGCUUUGUUCACUCUCACGGCAGUUUACAAUGCUUGUUUUAUAGCACCUGAGGAUUUACGUUACCCUGUUUGCUGACAACUCACAUGGCUAGUGCUAAUAAUGCUUCGGACAUGCAUAGCGCAGUUGCCAGUACUUCCAACGGAAAACAUCCCACAUUUAUAUGCCAAUUAUGUCUGCAAAAACAAAUCUGAAUGUCAGCCGUGUUGGCAACAAAUUUGAAACCACACAUUGAGUUGAAGCAUUCGACCAGUCUUGGGAAGUAUAUACCAGUGAAUGAUGAUCACAAGAUUUUAUGUUAUUUAAAAGAACGAAAGACAUGACCUGAAACUAGUCUGUUCUUUUGGUCUGUGAACUAAUCUGUGUGAACUGAACUUUAAGCUAGCUCUUGUUAAGUGUGAACGUGCGCAACACUGAAUAUGAUACAGAUCUGAUUUCACAGAUCUGAACAUCCUUUUUAAAUCUGACUUGGGUUAUUUUUGUAAUUUAUCCUAAAUACAGUAUGAUACAUAUCAGAUCUA